GAUUAAAAUAGGAAUGAAGAAGAAUAUUCUCUUUUCUCCUUAGUCUCUGCAAAUUUACAGCGAUAUAUUAGAACUUGAAAGCCCUAGAGGGCGAGCUUGAGCUUCUGUUAAUGGCGGUUACAGAAGUUCUGCCCUGUCAUUGAAUGGAAAGAUGAUCAGCACAAUCUGAAACCAGAAAAUUUACAACAAUUGGAGGACAUUUGAUCUGGAAAUAACACUUGAUAUCUCAUAUAGUUGCAUGGGAUUAACUUCCGCACUUCAUUGUUCAUAAUAAGAUCAUACAAAAUUCAACGACCAGGUUCAGGGGGUGACUUGCCCCAGGGCGGCGAGUAUAACCCUUUCUCUGUAGCCCGAAGAGUGAAUUCCUCUAAUGCUGUUGCGAUGGAGGGAGACUUGGAAGAUGGCUCCAUGCUUUCUUAUCAAGAUAGACCUAGGACCUUCCCUACAAUGCGUAGUAAACCUUAUAAUCCAUUGAUUUUUCGGAUUUUUAUGGGUUUGAAUGUCCGUGUCCUUUUUGUUCUUCUGCUCUUGGGCUUCGGAGCUGUCUUUUAUAUUGGAGUGAGUACUUCUCCAAUUAUUGUUUUUGUCUUCUCCAUAUGCAUCAUCAGCUUCAUUUUUUCCAUUUAUCUUGCUAAGUGGGUGCUUGCAAAGGAUGAGGGGCCUCCUGAGAUGGCUCAGAUAUCAGAUGCCAUACGGGAUGGUGCAGAAGGCUUCUUCAGGACACAGUACGGGACAAUUUCCAGGAUGGCAUUAUUGCUAGGACUGGUUAUUCUUAGCAUAUAUCUUUUUCGCAGUACAACUCCUCAACAAGAAUCAUCUGGCAUUGGGAGGUCAGCAUCUGCAUACAUUACAGUUGCUUCUUUUCUUCUUGGUGCUCUAUGUUCGGGUAUUGCUGGGUAUGUUGGAAUGUGGGUCUCAGUACGUGCAAAUGUUAGAGUGUCUAGUGCUGCAAGACGUUCUGCUAGAGAAGCAUUACAGGUGGCUGUCCGUGCCGGUGGUUUUUCAGCCAUUGUUGUUGUUUGUAUGACUGUGGUAGGAGUGUCCAUCCUUUAUGCCACAUUUUAUGUUUGGUUAGGAGUGGGUUCACCAGGUUCAAUGAAGGUCACAGACUUGCCUCUUCUCCUAGUGGGCUAUGGUUUUGGAGCUUCAUUUGUUGCUCUUUUUGCUCAGUUGGGUGGUGGAAUAUACACUAAAGCAGCUGAUGUUGGAGCUGACCUUGUUGGAAAAGUUGAACAGGGAAUACCUGAAGAUGAUCCACGAAAUCCUGCUGUCAUUGCAGAUUUGGUUGGAGACAAUGUGGGUGACUGUGCAGCUCGGGGUGCUGAUCUUUUUGAAAGUAUCGCAGCAGAAAUAAUUAGUGCUAUGAUACUUGGGGGAACAAUGGCUCAACGUUGCAAGAUUGAAGAUCCAUCUGGAUUUAUCCUGUUUCCUCUUGUUGUUCAUUCUUUUGACCUGGUGGUAUCAUCAAUUGGAAUACUAUCAAUCAGGGGUACACGUGAAUCUGGAGUGAAGUCUCCUAUAGAGGAUCCUAUGACAAUUCUUCAGAAGGGCUAUUCAAUCACAAUAUUUUUGGCUGUUAUUACGUUUGGAGUGUCCACUCGUUGGUUACUUUAUACUGAACAAGCACCUUCUGCAUGGCUGAGCUUUGCCUUGUGUGGCUUGGUUGGAAUCAUCACAGCCUAUGUUUUUGUUUGGAUCACCAAGUAUUACACUGAUUACAAGCAUGAGCCUGUACGCUUACUAGCUAUGUCAAGUUCUACAGGGCAUGGAACUAACAUUAUUGCUGGCAUUAGCUUGGGUCUGGAGUCAACUGCUCUUCCCGUUCUUGUUAUAAGCAUAUCUAUUGUCUCAGCUUUCUGGUUGGGUCACACUUCAGGCUUGUUAGAUGAAAAUGGAAAUCCAACUGGUGGUCUGUUUGGUACAGCGGUAGCAACUAUGGGUAUGCUUAGCACUGCUGCAUAUGUUCUGACCAUGGAUAUGUUUGGUCCAAUUGCUGAUAAUGCAGGUGGAAUUGUAGAGAUGAGUCAACAGCCUGAAAGUGUUCGUGAGAUCACUGAUGUUCUUGAUGCUGUUGGAAACACUACUAAAGCUACCACCAAAGGAUUUGCCAUUGGAUCUGCUGCACUUGCAUCUUUCCUCCUUUUUAGUGCUUAUAUGGAUGAAGUAGCUUCAUUUGCCCAUACACCUUUCAAACAGGUUGACAUUGCAAUUCCUGAAGUUUUCGUUGGUGGCUUGUUGGGUUCAAUGCUUAUUUUCAUCUUUAGUGCAUGGGCUUGUGCUGCAGUUGGUAGAACUGCUCAGGAGGUUGUUAAAGAAGUAAGAAGACAAUUUAUUGAGAGGCCAGGUAUAAUGGACUAUAAGGAGAAACCAGAUUACGGUCGCUGUGUUGCUAUCGUGGCAUCGGCAUCUCUGCGGGAGAUGAUAAAGCCUGGUGCUUUGGCAAUCAUAUCACCCAUAGUUGUUGGUUUUCUGUUCCGGAUAUUGGGGCACUUCACAGGACAUCCUCUACUGGGAGCUAAAGUUGUAGCUUCCAUGCUCAUGUUUGCUACUGUAUCUGGUAUUCUUAUGGCCCUCUUUCUUAACACAGCUGGUGGUGCUUGGGAUAAUGCAAAGAAGUAUAUAGAGACUGGUGCUUUAGGAGGCAAGGGGAGUGAUAGUCACAAGGCAGCAGUUACUGGAGAUACGGUUGGAGAUCCAUUCAAAGACACAGCUGGGCCUUCACUUCAUGUCCUUAUCAAGAUGCUCGCAACCAUUACACUGGUCAUGGCACCUGUCUUUUUGUGAGGAAUUUUUUUUUAUACAUUCUCUCUUUUAUCUAACCUUUAGUGUAUGAUGCUCACUCCCAAUCAAGAGUUGCUGUUUUGAGAAUGAAGCGUGCCAGACCCCCCUUGAUCCAUAUUGAUGGUGUCCAAUUUACAAGUUAACAUAUAGUACUCCUUUUCUUUUCCUUUCUUUUAAAAUAAGUUUGUUAGGACUACCCAUUUUGGUCGUGACACUUCUUAAUCGAGGAGUAUAGCUCAUAUAUUCUUUGCUUAAACACUCUUUACAUGGCUGUAGAUUGUAGUUGUAUGCGGUUAUCAAGAAUAUAUAGAGGGCCAGAUGAGCAUUUCAUAUGUACGUGUUUUAAGCGACUUGUGUUGAGUUGUGACUUGUCUUGUUUCCCCUGGAAACGGGAGUGGGGAUUUGUAAAUUAGCUCUCUGUGGAUUAAUGUCUCCAAUCCCUUGCAGUUGCUCUCUA